CAUGGACCUCGCCCGGCCAAGCGAGGCUUGAUUCCGAACGAGAACACACAAUAUUUAGAAGAAGCAAUAUUGCAAUGAGUUGCCCCAGCGCCACGGCCCCCUCGCAGCUGCGCCUCUGACCCGAGUACCCGGUUCUCGCACCCCUUGGCGUUGGCGGUGCGCCUGACGGCAUGGCCGCCAUCAUGUUUCGGCACCGGAGCGUGCUCGUCGUGGUCUGCAUCGUCAGCCUAGCCACACUCUGGUCAUGCCGGCUCCCCAAGAUGUGCCUCUACAACCAAUGCAACGCCGACAUCACCGUAGCACCCCUAUCACGGGGCAGCCUCGACCUCUCGCUCCCGGACGCGCCCUUCAUCGGCUGGCCGCUAGCACGCGUGUGCGCCGAGACGACGUGGACGGCCGGCACCGUCUUCGUGUGCGACGACAACUCAGGCGGCGUCGGCAACAUGCGCAGCUACAUCCUAACGUGCGUGCGCUACGCCGUCGAGGCCGGCGUGCAGGGGCUCGUGCUGCCGCGCCUACGCACCCGUUCCUCGUCAGAUCUCGCCAGCAUCAUGCAGGACCACGCCGGCUUCGACUACCUGUUCGACGAGCAGCACUUCCGGUCGCACCUCGCCGCCGCCUGCCCGCAGCUGGCGGUCUACGGCUCGACAUCGGCGAUCCCCGGCGCCGCAGACCAGUUCCGCGCCGAGGCGCUGACGCCGCACAACCUCGGCCGGCGCGGCGGCUGCGACCAGCGCGAGCCGAAUAAGCACACGGCGGUGUUCGGCGCCGCCUUCCGCGCCCACGUGCGCGCCACCGCUGCCGAGUUCGGCCUGCCGCCGCCGUCCGCCGCGCGCCCCCGCGCCUACCGCUUCACCUGGGGCGUGCAGUUCGACUGGCCCGUGGCACGCGACGGGCCCGAGUUCGCCGCGACCUUUGGCGGCCUGCUGCGCUUCCGCGCCGACAUCCUCGAGCUUGCUCGCCGGACCACGGGCCACAUGCGCCAGUUCGCCGCGCAGCAGCAGCAGCAGCAGCAGCAGCAGAAGCUUCCUCUGCCGGUGGCGGCGACAAGGGCGUUCGCCGGCAUGCACCUGCGCACCGAGAGCGACGCGCUGGGCGCCUGGCCGCGCUUCGAGAACCAGAGCGCGGCAUACAUACGCCAAGCGGCGGCGCGCGGGUUCGGCGCCGCGUACCUGGCGACGGGCAACGAGACCGAGGCGCAGCGGCUCACGGCGGCGGCGGCGGCAGCUGGCGUCGCCGUCACCACCAAGCACAUGCUUCUAAGUCAGCACGCUGCCGACGCGCAGGCGUUGGCUGCGCUUACCUGGGACCAGCAGGCGCUUGUGGAUUUCGUGGUGCUGCUGGAGUGCGAUUACUUUCUUGGGGUGAGUCCGAGCUCGUUCAGUAUCAAUGUGGCGCUGAAGCGGCAUUUGAAGGGCGAGGGCCUGCUCACGCGCCCGUGGAGGGUUGGUGGCGAGGGGGAUGGAAGGAGUUGGCUUGUGGGUAGCUAUGAGCAUUAUUGGAAGGACUGGCUGUUUAUUUACGACUCGAUGUGGCCGUGAUUAGGCGGCUGGUGGAGGUCUGGUUGGGGCGGUAGGGUUAUGAACGUGUGGUUACGGCAUUUCGGGUUUGUAGUUUCUUUGUAUUAGUCGCUUUACGCGUCACUGCCUAUCAUCUUCAUCUGUUCGUUGUCUUGGCAUCAUCACUUGAGACACGUUCAACAGGGCAGUGGACAGCAGUCCCGUAGUGUAACUCACCUCGAUUGGAGGCGCAAAGAGAUAUAUAUUGCUGUUCUUUAUUCUAGCCACGUAAUUACAGUACGGGAUUUGGGAAAGCGAGAUUUUGCGAGAGCAAGUCGGGACUAUUUAUUGACUGUCUCG